AUAAGUAUUAUGAUUAUUCGGUGUCGUCUUUCAGCCGCUCUUUCUAUGGCCAGCAGGGGGAGUCGUGCCGCGGUGGUGUUGAACAACUUCGACGAACGGGACGCCUUUAGAGAAUCCUGAUUACACCGCUGCCACCCUCACGUACUUGAAUAAGACAGGGGAGCAGAGUUCAUUUGUCUCGACCUUCUCGCUGCAGCAGCCUGCCCGAGCAUCUUUCCUGGCUGCUCACCCAUCUCCUUGAUCAAACCAGUGCCAGGUUAAUAAAAUGGUUGGAUUCAAGCCCACGGAUGUCCCUCCCACUGCCACGGUGAAGUUCAUCGGGGCCGGGACGGCGGCCUGCAUUGCAGAUCUGGUCACUUUCCCGCUGGACACGGCUAAAGUCCGGUUGCAGAUCCAAGGGGAGAGCAAGCUGGCCGUCACGGCAAAGGCAGCCCAGUACAAGGGUGUUUUCGGCACCAUGGCAACCAUGGUGAGACUGGAAGGGCCCAAGAGCCUCUACAACGGGCUGGUGGCCGGCCUCCAGCGCCAGAUGAGUUUCGCCUCUGUCCGCAUCGGCCUCUACGACUCCGUGAAGCAGUUCUACACCAAGGGCUCGGAGCAUGCUGGCAUCGGCAGCCGGCUCCUCGCGGGCUGCACCACGGGGGCUAUGGCAGUGGCUGUGGCCCAGCCCACGGAUGUGGUGAAGGUGAGGUUCCAGGCGCAAGCCCGGACGGAAGGGGGCAAGCGGUACCAGGGGACGCUGGAUGCCUACAAGACCAUUGCAAAAGAGGAGGGGAUCCGAGGCCUCUGGAAAGGAACGUCCCCUAACAUCACCCGCAACGCCCUUGUGAAUUGUGCGGAAUUGGUGACCUACGAUCUGAUCAAAGAUACUCUCCUGAAAUACAACCUUAUGACAGAUAACCUCCCCUGCCACUUUACCUCGGCAUUUGGUGCUGGGUUUUGCACGACCGUCAUCGCUUCCCCCGUUGACGUAGUGAAGACGAGAUACAUGAACUCUGCCCCUGGCCAAUACAGAAGUGCCGUGAACUGUGCCCUGGCUAUGCUCCAGAAGGAGGGACCCUUGGCCUUCUACAAAGGCUUUACUCCCUCGUUUCUGCGGCUGGGAUCCUGGAACGUGGUGAUGUUCGUGACCUACGAGCAGCUGAAGCGCGCCAUGAUGGCAGCCCGCGGAUCGCGGGAAGCCCCCUUCUGAGCCAGCGGACGUGUGCAGUUCACAGAUAACCUCGUGCGCAACAGAAAAAUCAACCGCUCGGGAGCGUUUGUCCCGCCCCUCGGCAGAAUCGUCGCCUUUUCCGUCCUCGCGUCUUUUUAAAUUAUUACUUCUUUGUCUUGAAUGUUUUGUGGCUUCUCUUGCUCGUUAAGUCUGGAGUUUCCAAGUUGACCUGGGACUCUUUCUCUCUGCUUGCUUGGGUGCUGGUGGGGAAGGGGACCGUAGCUUCAAGCGCAUCGUGCUGCCUUUUUUAAAAAGGUAAUUUUUAAAAAUAUAACUGUCGCCCGUUCUUCCCGCACUCCCCCCCCCCCACGACAAAACGUUGCCAUCUUAAGUUUUGAAGAAUUUUAGGUUUCGGAGGCUACGUGUGGCGUCCCCGUUGUGUUUGUUUAACGGAGGCCAGGUGAGAGGUCAACAAUAUAAGAAAUGUUCUUUUUUUCUUUUAAGGAGAUGUUGUGAAAUCUGAAUCGUUAUGGUUGCCUCCCCGACCUGGUCCACAUUGUGUUUCUUCCCUGCCCCCCCCCCCAAUCAUGCUGUUGUAAAGGUUUUGAUGGCUGAUCCAGGAUGGUGUGUGGGCCCAGGGUUAGCCCUUAAGAUUUCAUUUUAAGAAGCGGUCCACAGUCUAAGGACCACAAUGACUCCCAAUUUGAAGUUGGGACAAUCGUGGCUGAGGGUCCCCCCGUCCCUCAGUCGUCUAGCAUCACCCCCCACUUUCAAUGGGUCACAGAGGUGUUGUGUGACUGACUCAGCCCCACGGGUCACGGACUCCCCAAAACAUCCCGUUCUGUCUUUGGGUCUUUCUGCCAUUUGGGUCUUUCCUUCUUGCCUCUCUUUAAAAAGCACAGUUUCUCUGAGGGGCUACACGUAGCGGACGUUAUUAACAUCUCGUUAGAACGUUCCCGUAUAAAAAUUGCCCUGUGGCAGUGGUCUGUGGGAACCCUCGUAUCAAAACUCUCCUUAAAAUAAAUCUUAACGUUAAGGAAGAGUGGAGAUGCCCUUGGGUGUCGGCCUGAUCUAGGGACUUUAGCCAAUCUCGUGUGGAGAAAUUCAGUCGGCGUUGUUAUGUCAGAGGAUUAAUGGUGCAACCCUGCGCUGAGGGGUUUCGGUCUAACCCGUCAAUUUCCAUGGGGUCUAGAUUGCAGCUUUGCGUAGGAUUGCACUGUAAGCAUACUAUCUCUGGCUGAAGACUUCUUUCGUUAUAAGAGUUAGGAGGAUGUGAAAAGUUUUGCAAAAUGUAGAUUUUCUUCUCCCGCCCCCCUUUCUCUUUUCUCGUUAAACAAGCUUGUUUCAGGAGCAAUCCAGUGGGAUAGUUCUGUGUGGGUAUACCAUGGGGAGUGAUACGAAAUGACCUUCGACGCCUAAGCUAUUAUCUGUGGGCUUUUCUGCUUUCUCAUUUUCUGCGCUCGUCCUGUUUCUGGGGGGGGUGUUCCCCUCCUGUUUUGUACAUGUUUUGCUCCCUCUAGUGGUCGAUCUGAUAUUACACCGGUUUACGUCCGGCAUGAAAUGUGCAGUUUAAAUCUGCAGGGAGAUAAUGCCGGAUGUAAGCAGGUGUAAUAUCAAAUUGACCAGUAGAGGGAGCAAAACGCACAGAACAGGGGGGUGGGAACCCCCCUCAAUAAACAAAGAAAACAAGAAUGCACAAAACCUUUAGCACAGUAAGAGCAGUGGUCUUCGGUUGACUCCUCACUUACUGGCCCUAUUAGGACCCCCCGCUUGCUUUGGGCUGGGCUGGCGAACAAGUUACCCCUUUUAAAACAACUGGAGAACUUUGGCUUUCUGUCAAAUGGUUACUAGAUACUCCCGUAAUCUCUCUGCAUCUUCAAGAACGGAAGUACUCAGCAUGAAAAGGUGCACAGGUAGCAGGAAGAGCUUGUUGGGUCUGGAGCAGGGGGGUGUCUAGGAUGUGCCGAAUCAAGCUGGAAUCUUACCAUAGGCCCUUUGGCAAAGGGAGGUGGGUUUUGGGAACAAAGUCUUGCAAGCAAGCUGCAUGCAAGAAUAAUGGUGUUGCCGUAAGCGACGUCCGUCAGGCAUGGUUUUCCCUAGGUCCCGCAUGGAAGAUAACUUCUUAAAUCCUUCCCCCUCCCCAAAAGCGAAAGUGUCCUUUGUGAGCCUCAGAAUUAGAUUUGCUAGAAUGCAGGAAAGGAGUGCUUGCACUUGAGCUGUUCUUCCCCUCCCGCCUCUCAAUAAAAAAAGCAUAAAUUCCCCUUUGGCUUUGGUAGAAGCUGCGUGACACAUUUGCCUCGCUGCAGGUCGAUAAAAGGCUUUUUUUGAGUUGCAGUCGGGAUGUUUUUGGGAGGAAGACGACUUUUACUAAUUAUUUUUUUUUCAGGAAAUACGACCUUAUUCAUUCUUUUUGUGGAAAUUUCAAUAAAUGCCGUUUUUGCGGGGCUUGCCGAAAUACUAGAUCCUGGCUGCUCGUUGUUAACUUUGGAGGAAACCUUGCGUAUCUCUGGGCCUGUUAAGUGCAUGUUGUGUGAAGCCACUUCCGAUGAUGCCAGGUUGUAACGGAUCAUGUUUUAAAACGUUAAACGUCUUGUGUUUUCUGCAUGACUUUUAAAAUAAAGCUACAACAGGAAGCAACCCUGA